AAAAGUUUUGUGUAGUCCAACCAGCCCAAAACUGUGUAACUAACAUGCCUCCAGCCUACUGAAGUUCACUUCCGUCCUGUUUUCAACCCUUCACCCCCCACGACUGUAAACUCACGCGGUUCGCCAUUCCGUUCUGCCUUCAGCCUUCGACAUCGGCGUCCAGCACUUCAGGUCUCCAGCUCCAACUCUCCAAGCCUUCAGGAGUUCUGGUUAUCAGGACAAUAAAAAAAGUUGGCUAUUGACAAGAAGCAGCCCUACUAACCCAAUUCACAUAUCCGUCUCCAUCAUUCUUCAUCAUCUGAAGCAGAACCAGGAAAAGGCCCUAAAGUCAAUCGUCACCGAGUUCCUGUAAGCCUUAGCGUAAAAAAUGGGCCGUGCUUACAAGGUUAAAGGGCAGAAGAGGAAAACGAAAGAGGAGAAAUAUGAUAGGGAUGAAAUAGCUGACCAGUGUUCCUCAGAGGAAACAACGGAAGCCAUAAAAAAGGCCAAGACUGAGGUUGCUGCAGAGGAUGAAGAGGAGGCAGAAAAGGUGGUUAAUUUACUCCCUGGUAUACCAAUUGUUUCAACUGAACAGAGCAAAAAACCUUCUGUCAUUUUUAUACUAGAGAGGGCUUCAUUGGAGAUUGCCAAAAUCGGAAAGACCUAUCAACUUCUCAACUCGGAUGAGCAUGCUGGCUUUCUAAAGAGAAAUAACCUAAACCCAGCUGAAUAUCGACCUGACAUUGCUCAUCAGGCAAUGCUUAUGAUUUUAGACAGCCGGUUAAAUAAGGCUGGGAGAUUGAAGGCUCUGUAUGUGAAGACAGAAAAAGGUGUCCUUUUUGAAGUCAAACCUCAUGUUCGUAUCCCUAGGACAUUUAAGCGAUUUUCUGGUAUCAUGUUGCAGUUGCUUCAAAAGCUUAACAUAACGGCUGUUGGGAAGAGAGAAAAACUACUCCGUGUAAUAAAGAAUCCCAUUACACAGUAUCUACCCAUAGAUUCUCGUAAAAUUGGUUUUUCACACAGUUCAGAGAAGUUGGUUGACAUUCAGAACUAUGUUGACAAUGUUGGCAGUGAUACAAACCUUGUUUUUGUGCUCGGUGCAAUGUCCCAUGGAAAAAUUGGUAACGAUUAUGUUGAAGACUAUGUUUCAGUUUCAGAUUAUCCACUUAGUGCUGCAUACUGUAUAUCUAUGAUAGCCAAUGCUGUGGAACGCAAGUGGAAGAUACUAUAGAUUCAACAUUUUCACUUCUUGGUAGUUCAAUCAUAUGACAACAGUGGUAACUCUAGCCUCCCUAUUGAUGUCUGCCUGAGCCAAUGUUGCCGCAAUUUUGAUUUUUAAGGUUGUUAGAGUUUAAUUAUUUUUUAAAUUUAUUGUUGUCUGAGCUCGUUGAGUUUGUUGAAGUGACAUGUGUACCAAACAUUUUGUGAUCUUUAAUCUUGAGUUGAUCUAUCAGUGGGUGAAGUAUACUACAUCUAAAUACAGAUGUGCCGGUGAAGGGAAUGUAAAGGAGUGUGUGUUCUUGUUAGUUGCAUGUGAACACUGCAUUUUCU